AUAUUUAAUAUAUAACCCCAAGUUAAAAUACAUAUUGGAAUAUCGCUAGUGCCCUCUGUCGGGGGUUGUGUGAAGCCGUGGCAUGGCUUGAUAUCUCGUGAGGCUGGGUACAAACAUUCUUAGAAAACACGGUUAGAAAUCGAGAAAACAUGUUAGUGACUUUGUUUGAAUGUAAUUAAAGAUAAAGCGUUAUUGUAUGGCUCAUUGCUACUUUCGUGUAGUUUUUUAAAUCAAAUAAACUGCAAUAAAUACAGUGACCCCAGCCUAGCAAGGAACCAGUACCGUCCUGGCCCGUCACGUCAACACUUGAUAAGUCUCUGGGCCGGGUAUUGGCUCUAUUUAAUGGUCUCCAUGUGUGUGUGUGUGUGCUACACCUGUGACUCGUGACAACCUGCCUGGAGACGAAGUGCGGAACCAACGACCAAUGUUACUGUAGCAACUCAUUAAGUAGAUAAUGAGAUAGCACGUGAUUUACCGUCUAGACAAGUGAAUUAUCGCAGUGAAUGAUUGAAUGACACGAUUGAAAAACUCUACCAAUGGCUAAUAUUAGUGGACGUUUUCAAGCCGCUUUGGGGAGCCAUUUACGGCGUUACGGUCACACCAGUUUCAAGAGAAAAUUCCAUUUGUCUUACCAGUGUCAGAAGGAUGAUGAAAAGACUAUAACAAGCACAACAGUUUUUGUCCAAGAUGGUACCAACAUUGAAGAGUUGCCAGCUGUUGUUCAAAUCAUCAAUGGCGAAUUUUCACUAGUCAGCAAUGGAAAAAGUCAAGUGGGCAAGAGGCUGGAGGGACUUGGACUGGAGUUCCCACUGGUAUCAAAGAAGUUGUUUAAAAAUAUAAAUUUUGAAGAAGAACAAGAAAUGAUCCUUGGCUUUAUGAGAUGCACAAAACUAGGAGAUGUAUUCAAAUUACUUGAAAUCUGUCCUGAAGCAGAGGUAACCCCACUAGUUGCUUUGGCUGUAAUCAAAAGAAUAUUUGAAUUAGAAAAUAAUGUAGGGUUUCGGAAUCCGGGACUGAACCUGUUUCGAAAAGAAUCACAAUUUAAUUUUACCCGAGGAGCGGUGAUGAAAAGGUUGAUUGAAAUAUUGUGUAGCAGCUCGGAUCCUCAGAUAUUAAUUGAUGCACUGAGAGCCAUGGGCCGGGAUAACUACCAAGGUGACAAACUCAAAUAUCUGGAAGCGCUUUGUACAGAAUGUAUUGUGCUGAUAACAGAAGGUAAAAUGAAGAUUAGCCAAGUAUGUGAUGCUGCAAAGGCUUUUUACAGCCUGGGGAAUAUUGGUUCCAAGUAUGUUGAACAAAUUUGGGUUGGUAUAACAGAAAAGAGUAAAGAAAUUCAGGAAAAGGAAGUCUGUAACAUCAUGAGUAUUCUUCCACUAGUUAAGAAGAGUCGCAAGCACCUUUAUAAUGUUGCUGAACGGAAGAUGGGAGCUGUUUGGUAUAAACUUCAAGCUGAAGAUGUCAUUAGAAUUCUGCAUAUCCUUGUACAACUUAAGAUGACAAAUAGUCGAAUGCUACCAAUGCUUUCAAAAUGGACCAACUUAAAUAUACAUGCUCUUACUGAAGGUAAUCUUCGCUGGGUUGUUUACUCAUUUAUGAGUUUAAAUUACACAAAUCCUGAUAUCAUGAAAUCUCUCUCACGAUUUAUGAAGGCUAAAAAGGUAAAUAUCAGUGAUCCAAGUUUAGUUGCUGUGAUUAUGGAUUACUGUGUUAAGAUGCGCAUAAGAUCCCCUGAUAUAUUAAAUAAUGCAGGAGAAUACUUCAUCAAGAACUCGGAAAAGCUGACUGUCCCGCAGAUUAAUAGCAUUGGCCGUUCAUAUGGGUUACUGAAUUACGUGCCUCCAAAUGCAUCUGCAUUUUACCAUGCCCUUGAAAUUUAUCUCUAUGAAAAAUUUGUGCAAUUUCCACCAGAUGUAAUGAUUGAUUUACUACUUUCUUGUGUAUACCUAAAGAGAUAUCCCCUUAAUUUUGUGAAGAAAGUUUUUAAUCCAUACUUUUUUGACAGAGUACACACGUUAGAUUCUUUUGAUAUGAGGCUCACUCGCACAAAAUUGAAGGUUCUUGAUAAGGCGCUCUGCCUAGAAGCUAAAAAUUAUACUGGGCCAAUGCUCCCGAGAGAUCAUUCAGCCAAAAGUUUCUGGCGUGAUUCAAGAAUAAUGAGGUGUGUACAUAUGAUUCAGGCUCCCUUGGUUGAAAUAGUUGGAACAGAGGAACGAAUAACACAGUCUGCUGUGCUACCAAAUUUUCCUGGCACAGAAAUGUACAUUAUUGAUUGUAUUAUUGAUAUGGCAGGAAAAUUAUCGCUCCAUUCUUUCAAGUGGAGUAAUAAUAAGUAUGCCCUUUUGAUUCAUCCUCCUGAACACUAUAUUUUAAAUGAGGAAAUACUGGUUGGUCCCCAAGUCAUGCGCAAACGGCAUCUGGCCUUGUGUGGUUUAAAAGUUGUAAGCAUUCGGUAUGAAAAUGUUCUCAAGUAUCGCAUGUAUCCUGAGAUGCUCAAAAAUUACAUUGAAGAGUUAAUGAAGGAAGCAACAUUUUAAUUCAUCUAAUACAAUAAAUGGACAGCUCUGUAGAUCAUUACUAGGCUGCAUCAUUCAAACAAGGAAAAAUAUUAGUUAAGAGAUAAUUUAUUAUUAGUCAUAAUAGGGUCCAGCAAGAAAAAAAAACUUGACUAGAUCUAAAUCAAGUCUAGUCCUGUUGUACGAUUUUUCUUUGUAAAGAGUUUAUAACGUCUGUGAUAAUAACCUAAAAAGACUGUAACCCAAGGAAUUCAGCAGAAGUCAAGACUAGACCCAAAUUGCUGCAUUGCCUCUACAAAUU